AUGGAGGAUUGGAGCAACAACGCGUGGCUGCUGGAAGCCGAAGACGGCGGAUUCCACGUCGACGAUUGCGUUUACGAAGAGGACGAAAUCGGUUACGUCGUUGACGACGACGAUUCCCUUCCCUGGGAGCAGCAUGUCGAGCGAGUGCAGACGGCAACGGGCGUGGUGCAGGUGACGGUGUGCGGGGAUCGCUGCAACCCGCCGCUGAUCACCUAUCACGACGUCGGGCUCAAUCACUCCACGUGCUUCCAAGGCCUCAUGCUCUGCGCGGACACCUCCGCGCUGCUUCUACGAAACUUCUGCAUAUUCCACGUCGACGCGCCGGGUCACGAGGAGGACGCGGAGGAGAUCCCCUCGUCGCGCCCGCUGCUCUCCGCGGACGAUCUGGCUGAGCAGGUGGCGGAGGUGGCGCGGCACUUUGCGCUCGCUGACGUCACGCUCAUGGGCGUCACUGCGGGCGCCUACGUCCUCACGCUCUUCGCUCUAUCCCACCGCCAUCUGGUGCGCGGACUCAUUCUCGUGUCGCCUCUGCUCUCGCCGCCCUCCUGGUCUGAGUGGGCGCACAACAAGGUGACCAUGAGUGUGCUCUCCUAUUACGGCAUGACGUCAUACAUCAAGGACUCGCUCUUCGACCGCUAUUUCUGCCCCGCCACGUCAGGCUUCCACGGACCGGCGUCAGAUGCGCUCAUGUCCUUCCGCAGGGAGCUGGACUAUCACGAGCCGGAGAACCUCAUGCGUUAUUUCCACGCCAUCCACAGGCGCAAGAACCUGCUCCCUGCACUGGCGGCGCUGCAGGUGCCAGUGCUGCUGGCCGUGGGUGACUCGUCCCCUUUUAACCCCCUCGCUCGCUCCGCCUUCCACCACCUCCACGCCAAGGCUCCUCUGUUUUCUCCUGGCGCCUCUUCUUGCUCCUCAACCGCAUCUCUCACGCUCUCCACCUCUUCCUCGCCCUCUCGCCCUCACUCUCGCUCUGACUCUCACUCUGACUUUUUAUCUGAGGAGGCAGAAAGGGGAGUGGAGGAUAGGGAAGAGGAGGGUGAGAGGGAUGCGAGAGGCACAGGUGGGUUGGUGGCAGUGGCUGAGUGUGACAGGGUGGGAAGAGGGAUGUGGGAAGGGGGGAUACGACGAGGGCAGAUGGGGAGUGAAGGUGCUGCUACCGGCAGCAGGUGCGUGGUGUGGGUGGAGGUGGAGGCGUGUGGGUCGCUGGUGACAGAGGAGCGCCCCCACACGCUCCUCCCUGCCCUCUGCCACUUCAUCUCACAGCUCCGCCCCGCAGCCAGCCACCAAUGGAACUGUUACCCGUGUGCAGGGGAGGAAGGUGGGGAGAGGAGUGGCUACGGGAGGGAUUGGGCGGUGGGGCGUGUGGAGGACGGGUCGAGUUCGGGAUGGGUGGCUGCUUUGUCGCCUGCCUUUACACCUGCUGCUGUGUCACCUGUGUGCACUCCUGCUCCUGCGCCCAGCCUCCCACCCAUGGCGCACCACAGCAGCAGCAGGAGCAACUGCAUGCCAGCAACAGCUGGGGCGGUUGUGAGGGGCUUUGGGCAGCAGGCGUGUGAGAGGGAGUGUGAGGUGAAUGUAUCGCAGGUGCGGCAGCGGGAGUUGGAGCGAGGGAGGGAUUGGGAGAGGGGGAAAGAGCAGAUGUAUCUGGAGGUGGAGAGGAGGACGCUGCAGCCGGUGCGCACGAGUGGCGAGGGAAGGAGGUUUGGGGAGGAGGAGGCACAGUGGGCGGGGUUUGAACAAGUGUGUGGGUCGCCCACAAGCUGA